AUGAGAGAGAUUCCGGAGGACUUCCCGCCAAAACUCUCUUCCGAUUCAAAUGCGUCUCUCAUCAAUGUAAUUCCUUCAUCUCAACUACCCAAUUCGCCAAAACCCGUGCUCUGUAAUUGUGAAUGUGGUCACUUAGAACUUGCUUUUUGUGAUUUUCAUUUUCUGGUAUAUAACCCUGUUCUUGGUUUUGAUGCUUUUAUUGAGAUUCAGAAUCCUGAUCAAUUUCUUAUUGCGACUAAUGCAUUUUCGUCGCUUGAAUAUAGUUUUGGACUAUGGAAGUGCAUGGGAACAUCGCAAAAUAAUAAGAAACAGAGACUGUCAAGGAAAUUACAGGAUGCCUGGUACUGUAAAAUUGGAACAUUGGUGAAAGAAACUUUACAUUGGGGUAUUACGAUAGAAACGAGUCGAGAAUGCAUUGCUACCUUUGAUUUGGCUACUCAGGACAAUUGUAAAUCAAUGAUAUUGCCGUAUGCCAAUUUUGGGGAAGUUGUACUCGGUAACUCUGCUUUUAGUUUGUGCUGUAUGGAUGAUUGCUUGUGCGCUUGGGCGAAUUAUGGUGAUGGAGAUGUAGAGAUGUGGAUGAUGAAAGAAUAUGUAAUGCAGGAAUCAUGGACUAAGCUGUUUCGUUUUAAACUGUCAAGAUGA